AUAUUAUAUAGAUUAUUUUUUUUCUUCAGAAUAAUACACACACACACUUCCCAAAACUACACACACACACACCCCAGUAUCAUAUAACCAGCAGAGAAAAACAUGAUCAUAAGACUUGAAGGUGUGUUAUUAAAGAAAUUCAGCCAACGAGCAAAAAAAACAACAUGAAUGCAAAGUGUUCGCACAGUGUACAAAAAUAAAGAAUUGAGAUGAAAAUAAAUAAACAAAUAAAUAAACAAAUAAAUAAAUACAUCAAACCUAAAGCGCAUAAUGCUUUAUACAAAUAAGAAGGAAAGAAAGAAAGCAAUUUUGCACAAAAACGCGUAAUUUGGAGAACGGUCUGCGCGCGCAUUCCGGAGCGCAGGUUUCUUUUUUGUUUUUUGAUGUUUAGCCACGUCACGCGCGCUGUUUCCCGAACGUGCUGCGCAUUGUCCUGCUCCACGCCGCGACGCUCGAGCGUCGUCUCGUUUUAUCCUGUGCAUAGAAGUUUCCAGAACAAAACAAAAAAAAAAAACGGAGCGACAGAGCACAGCGCGCUCGCGCUCACCCGCCGGAGCUCAACGGCUCAACCGGCUGCGCUGUUAGUGCGCGCGUGUGCGCGCAUGCGCCUGUAGUUGUUUCCCCACUAGCGCGCGGAGUCGCCUGAGCUCGGAGACGGAGCGGACUGCGCAUUCGUGUUGGUGUGUGUGUGUGUGUAAUUUAUUUUUUUUUAAGUGCUCCACAGUGAAGAGACAGGGAAGAAAGAGCGCGUGGGGCGUUACCAUGAGCACGAACCUCACCGUCCCGGCGCUCCACGCCGCACGCGACCAUGUCCGCUUGACGCGCGAGCAGCGCGAGACGGUCAUCCGCUGAAGCGCGAGCAGCAGCGAUGCCCGGCGGAAAGAGAGGGCUCGUGGCGCCGCAGAACACUUUCUUGGAGAACAUCGUCCGGCGCUCGAGCGAGACGAGUUUUCUGCUGGGGAACGCUCAGAUAGUCGAGUGGCCCGUGGUCUACAGUAAUGACGGCUUCUGCAAGCUGUCAGGUUACCACAGAGCAGAGGUCAUGCAAAAGAGCAGCACGUGCAGUUUCAUGUACGGCGAGCUGACGGAUAAGAGGACCAUAGAGAAAGUGAGACAGACCUUCGACAACUAUGAGUCCAACUGCUUUGAAGUGCUGCUUUACAAAAAGAAUAGAAUGCCGGUGUGGUUCUACAUGCAGAUUGCACCAAUCAGGAACGAGAACGACAAGGAGGUGCUCUUCCUGUGCACGUUUAAAGACAUCACUGCGUUUAAGCAGCCUAUUGAGGAUGAGAUCACUAGAGGCUGGGGUAAGUUCGCCAGGCUGACUCGUGCCCUGACCAACAGCCGGAUCACCAACCAGCAGCUGACUCCUAUGAGCAAGCCUGACGUCAGCUCCCACAAAACCUCCCGACUCGCCGAGGUGCUUCAGCUCGGUUCAGAAAUCCUGCCGCAGUACAAGCAGGAAGCUCCCAAGACGCCUCCUCACAUCAUCCUCCACUACUGCACCUUCAAGACCACGUGGGACUGGGUGAUCCUCAUCCUCACCUUCUACACGGCCAUCAUGGUGCCCUACAACGUCUCCUUCAAGACCAAGCAGAACAACAUCACCUGGCUGGUGCUGGACAGCGUCGUGGACGUCAUCUUCCUGGUGGACAUCGUGCUCAACUUCCACACCACGUUCGUCGGGCCCGGAGGCGAGGUCAUCUCCGAUCCCAAGCUGAUCCGGAUGAAUUAUCUCAAGACCUGGUUUGUGAUAGACCUGCUCUCCUGCUUGCCGUAUGACAUCAUCAACGCUUUCGAGAACGUGGACGAGGGCAUCAGCAGUUUGUUCAGCUCUCUGAAGGUGGUGCGUCUGCUGCGUUUGGGACGCGUGGCGCGAAAGCUGGACCACUAUCUGGAAUACGGCGCGGCCGUGCUGGUCCUGCUGGUGUGCGUGUUCGGAUUGGUGGCCCACUGGCUGGCCUGUAUCUGGUACAGCAUUGGAGAUUACGAGGUCAUUGACAAGCUCAGUAACACCAUCAAGACGGACAGCUGGCUCUACCAGUUAGCCACGACCACCGGCUCUCCGUACCGCUACAACACCAGCGGCUCUGGCCAAUUGGAAGGCGGCCCUGGUAAACACACGCUCUACAUCACGUCCCUGUAUUUCACCAUGACGAGUCUGACAACCAUCGGAUUCGGGAACAUCGCUCCCACCACCGACGCCGAGAAGAUCUUCUCUGUGGCCAUGAUGAUGGGCGGAUCUCUUCUCUACGCCACGAUCUUCGGAAACGUGACCACCAUCUUCCAGCAGAUGUACGCCAACACCAACCGCUACCACGAGAUGCUGAACAACGUGAGGGACUUCCUGAAACUUUAUCAGGUCCCCAAAGGCCUGAGCGAGCGGGUGAUGGACUACAUCGUCUCCACGUGGUCCAUGACCAAAGGCAUAGACACCGAGAAGGUGCUGUCCAUCUGCCCCAAGGACAUGCGUGCGGACAUCUGCGUCCACCUGAACAGGAAGGUGUUUAACGAGCACCCCGCGUUCCGAUUGGCCAGCGACGGAUGCCUGCGCUCGUUAGCCGUGGAGUUCCAGACCAUCCAUUCGGCUCCCGGUGACCUCAUAUUCCACGCCGGGGAAAGCGUCGACACGCUGUGCUUCGUAGUGUCCGGGUCACUGGAGGUCAUCCAGGACGACGAGGUCAUCGCCAUACUAGGUAAAGGUGAUGUGUUCGGCGACGUGUUCUGGAAGGAGACGACGCUAGCUCACUCGUGCGCUAACGUCAGAGCGCUAACCUACUGCGAUUUGCACAUCAUUCACAGAGACGCUCUGCUAAAAGUGCUCGACUUCUACACGGCGUUCGCCAACUCCUUCUCCCGCAAUCUCAUCCUCACCUGCAACCUGCGCAAACGGAUAGUCUUCCGUAAGAUCAGCGACGUGAAGAAGGAGGAAGAGGAACGUCAGCGCUCGAAGAACGAGGUUCCGCUGACUAUCCCCGUGGACCACCCGGUCCGAAAACUCUUGCAGAAAUUCAAACAGCAGAAGGAGCUCCGCAACCAGGAGGCCUCGGUCCAGAUCGACGUGGAGAAGAACCAGCAGCAACUUCACACGCAUAGCUUCCAGCUAUGUUCAAACACUCAGCUGCAACACACACACACAUCCAUCCCGCAGAGCACACUCCAUGCAGUGCAGAAUGGGAGAUCUAGCAUAGGUUCCUGUAGCAGCGUGGUCACCAUCUCGCAGAUCACACCGAUCCAGAACUCUCUGUCCUUCUCCAAACCUGGUGACCUGCUCAAACAAAACAACGUCAUGGAACUGAAGCCCGCUGGAGAUCAGACCCCGAGCAUGACCCGCUUGAAGCUGAGCAACACCGCGCGCGCCAAACCGGUCGCGACCGGUCGUGGUUGGAUGCGGCUGAAAAACAACGUGGCCCUACCGGAUUCGCCACCACAGGAGAGCAGGAAGGAAGGGCUGAACAACAUGGCGUCUAUAGAACGGCUCUCGCCCGAGGUCAAGGUGCAGAUCGAAGGCGUCGUGGACGUCACCAGGUCCAGAAAGAACUCGCUCCGAAAAACAGACUCGUUAGAUAGCGGGUUAACCCAAAGCGAUCAGAGACUAGAUAACGUAGAAGAAGUGCAGAGUCCCGAACCGGGCGAUAGCAGCUGUUCCGGAGGAGAAGGACAACCUUCUAGGGAUGUGUUCUCACACCAUGGGCUGUCGUUUCAUACCACGCUUCAGGAAGCAAGGCUGGAGCUACGGGCGGAGAUCCAAGCUUUGGGUUCCAGGAUGGCUGUUUUAGAGGAACAAAUAGGCCAGAUCCUCAGACUGCUCUCAGAACAGAACGAUCCACCGGGUCAGACCUGUACGCCUCAAAUACACAGACCCAAACCCAGAACAGAAGAACCUUUCACCGUCUCUACACCGCGUAGUCCUGACUCAGACAGCGAUGAAGCUGUGAUCUGAGCAAAAGCAAAAAUGAAUGCUGAACCGGAAGAAAAAACAACCCCUGAAGCCCUGGUCCGUAUGUGAAUAGGACCAGGUUUGUUCGGAGAUUCUCGAAAACGUCAGUUUUCAUUGAAACGUGUUGAGACCCUCGACGGUUUUUCAAACGUGAGUGCUUGGCCGGUGGUAGGUCGGACGGAAGGAGCACUGUGUACUCACUUUGUUAGACAACUUUGCCCGACGGCUACUCUUUACGAUGGAGACACUCAUGGAGAAACUACCGAGAAGCUAUUUUCUGAUUUUUUGUUGUUGUUGUUGUUGUUGUCGUUUUUUUUUUUUAACUCCGCAUGUACAGCCGGGUUCUGGUUUGCCAAAGACAAAAACGCCUAUCAAAUGUCGAUCGUAUUUGUACGAUGUUAUACGGUACAUGCUUGUACAUUAUGCAGAUGACUGCAUGCAGAUGACGUUUGCUUAUUCACUCUGAUUAUCUGGAUGAUAUUUAUUCAGAACAUGGAGCGUUUUGAUUAAAAGUGGCACGAUGCGCCUGAAAAAACAAAACAAAAAACCCCCGAAAUGUCUUCUCGUAAACCUACAAGAGAACGGCUAACGAAGAUUCGAUUGGUAGGAUUGUAGAAGCAGCUAGAGUGAAAGAAUUUCGUUUGGAUGGAUAUUUUUUGUUUGUUUGUUUGUUUUUAGGAGGAAGAUGUGAACACAACGUUGCUCUAUAGCGCAGGCACAGGUAGACCCCCUUAGCUCAGGUAAAUAGCGAGACUUCAGGAUGAGCACACAACUCCAAGGUAAGAUUAACCAAUCCCGAUAAGUCUGGUUAAGAUGAAAUCAAUCAUCAUAGAAUUAUUAUAUUCCCCUCGUUUGCCUUCCAAAAUUCCUCUCCUGAAGGA